AUGAACAAUCAACCGUUAUUGCCCUAUGAAGGAGUAACAAAUUCUGGAGCCAACACCACCAGUUUAGAUUUUCAAGAUUUUGGAACACAAAAUCUUUCUUCCCAACAACAACUGUCCACAGAACCCAUCGGAAGAAUGAAUCUCGAUGAACACAACAAUUUAUUUGAUGUUCAACUACCUCAAGCCACAACAACAACAACCUCAACAAUUCCAUCCGCUGGGAAUGUACCAACCAAUUCCAACAAUUCCAUCAUACUAUCCGGAGAGGAUGAUGAAGAAGAUGAUUUACAAAAUAUUGAUUUUUCUCAAUAUAGUUUCUGGAACAUUGAAUAUUACAUUCCCUUCUUUAACGUGAAUACCACCGAAGUCUUGCUGAGAAUGAGUAAACCGUUUUUGUUUUUUGCAAGCGGCGGGGAAUCGUUUGUGGCGUUUGUGAAACGAGGAAAGAAACAAGCAGAUUUAUGGGGACCGUUCUGGAUCGUGACAACAUUGAUUGUGGUGAUUAUCAUGACUAGUAAUAUUGGACAAUUUAUUAAUUUGAGAGCGAUUGGAGGAGCUUUGGAAAAUGAUUUCAAUGCGCCAGUGCGUGCCAAUUCAAGCUCUGAUUCGGAGCAACCAUUCCGUAAAUUGAAUGGAAAUUUGUUGGAAUGGACGACAGAUUUUUCAUUGGUCUCUGUGGGAGCUACUGUGUUUUAUGCAUUUUCCUUGUUGGUACCAACCUUGUUGUGGAUGAUGAUGAAAUAUAAGGCCAUUGGUGUGAGUUUGGUUGAGACUUUGUGUAUUUAUGGUUAUUCAUUUGUGGUGGUCAUUCCUCCACUUGUACUGUGUGUUUUUGACAUUUCAUGGUUGCGAUGGAUUUUGAUCGUGUUAGGAUUUACCUAUGCAGCUGCUUUUAUUGUGUAUGGAUUAUUUAAGGAAUGGAAGAAGGGUGUGACUGGUCCUCAGGAUAACAUUUUCCUUCUCAUAUUUAUCAUUUUUGUAUUGGCAUGUCACUUUAUUUUGGCGAUUUUUGUUAGAUUUUACUUUUUCACUUUCCAUGUCGAUUUGAAACAACAAUAA